AUGUUUCUACAACCUAGUAAUAAAUAUAAUCCUAUGUUGAGUGUCUUAUCUAGUUUUCCUAGCAACUCCGCGUUAAUUCCUACAUAUGAACCAAAUUUAUUAGGCGAAUCCUUAUUUGACUAUCAGAUAACCAAUGGAUCACUCAAUGUUAAUCUAGGGCUACCAAGCAUUGGCAACCCUUAUUCGACAUCAUAUAAUAAGGAAAUCUGUAGCAAUAGUCUACCUAAACUUUCAAUUGAUGAUUAUGACCCAAGACUUUUUCUUUCUGAAGAAAUACGUGAGCCGAAUAAAAUUAAUACAUUGGGCAUCUUGGAAGAUUUUAAAGAGCCCAUCAUAACAGGAAGUUAUGCUAAAGAAGAUAUUUACAAUAUUAAUAGCACUGUAGUUGAGGGUAUGGCCAAAAGAGUAAAAAAAUAUCCUGGAUUAUUUGAGCCUAGCACCUUUGAUGUACCAUUAAAAAUGUCAAGCUUUAAUGAACCAGCUAGUAAACCACUAUUAGUUGAUAGUCCUUAUAUGAAUACUCAUGCUAGUUCUUAUAUUAGUGCGCAAGCUGAAUACCGCGAUGAUGCCGUUUCCAAAAAAGGCCCAAUAUUUUACUUUGACUUUCCUGACGAUGAUUACGGCAUCACUUUCAAAACUUAUCAUGAAAAAUUGAAGCACAAAAUAAUUGCCAUAGAUACGAGACGCGACAUUAUAGAUAAAGUAUUCAUGAAGAAAAAUAACAAUAACUCGUUAUUCGCUAUCUCGGAAGAAGAUUCGAACGGUAGAAGCGACAAAGAAGCAAUUUUAGCUGAAGAAAAUGAAAAUAACUCUAGAAAUUCCCACAUUAAGGUACCAAAGGAUGUUCCCGUGAAUAUGCUUUCCCUGACCUGUUUCUUGAUAGCGGGAGUAGUGGCCUGCGUUGUUUUACCUUUUCUAUAUUAUAAGAUAAGCGAACUGAAGGUCGAUCAUAGGAAUAUGAUCGUUUCGCUAGAGAAUAAAUUGAUGGAAAAACAGACGGCAAUACAGUUUUUAAAUAUGGAGAUGACACGGAUUAGAUCAGGAAAAGACCCAUUGUAUUAUCCUAAAGACCCUAAAGAUGCUAUCAGAGUUCCUGAUUUAGAAAACAGGAUUAAUUACGAAAUCGAAGUUCUUAAGAAACAAGACGAAGAAGAGGAAAAGAAUUUUAUAAUGUCUCAACUCAAGGUUAAUAACUCCAAAAGAAAAUCUUUCAGAGCUAAAAGAUCGGAAGAUAUCGAUAAAAGAGGCAAAAGAGCCUUCGAAAGACCUAGAAGUCCUUAUAGAUACCAAGCCUCCGCCAAUUGCGCCAAGGAUUGCAAAGACGGAAUUCCUGGGACUAUUGGUUCACCCGGUGAUCUAGGUCCCACAGGGCCUCCAGGCGCACCAGGGUUAGAUGGUUCACCUGGUAAACCUGGAUUUCAAGGUAAGGCCGGAUCUGAAGGAAGGAUUGGUGCCCCGGGACCGGCUGGAGACGUCGGUAGAGAUGGAGCACCAGGAUUAGAUGGAACCCCUGGCUUACCUGGAUCAAAGGGUCAAGAUGGCAACCCAGGAGCUGAUGGUCUUCCAGGAGCUGAUGGGGAAAUUGGAGAAUCGGGUGCCCCGGGAAAAAAAGGUAAUGACGCUACACCAGGUAGAGAUGGUAAACACGGAAAAGAUGGACUUCCCGGUAGAGAUGGAAACCCAGGUCAACCAGGAAGACAAGGAUUCAGGGGAGGCGCAGGGGCUCCUGGAAAUGAUGGUGAUCCUGGAGCUGAUGGUUCUCCGGGUAAAGAGGGUGCCCCAGGAGAGGCAGGAGGGCGUGGGAGGGAUGGAACACCUGGCAAACAAGGACCCAAAGGCCCAGCAGGAAAUCCUGGUUCUGAUGGAAGGGAUGGAGAUCAAGGCGAAAAUGGAAACGAUGGCUUUCCGGGUCAAGAUGGUGAACCAGGUAGAGAUGGAGGACCAGGGGUUGAUGGAAAAAUAGGAGCCCCAGGUAGAAAUGGUAACGAUGGUCAGGCAGGUUCAGAUGGACGACCAGGUAGAGAUGGUCAACCAGGUUUUGACGGUUCAGCAGGACGAGAUGGGGAUGCUGGCUCAGAUGGCGAUGCAGGUCAAUCAGGAGACUCUGGUAAGCCGGGAAAGGAUGGGGCUGCAGGUAACCCAGGACAAGAUGGUGCAGCCGGUAAUGAUGGAAAGCCUGGACAAGAUGGACUGCCCGGAUCACCCGGUAUUGACGGAAAACCCGGAGCACCUGGAAUUGAUGGGCAAGCGGGCAUUCCUGGCGGCCCCGGUAACGAUGGAUUACCGGGAAACGAUGGCUUUCCGGGACUCGAUGGUGAUUCUGGCUUAGAUGGGCAGACAGGAGCCCCAGGUGAAAGAGGUGAAGCUGGUGCACCAGGAUUAGAUGGACCUCAAGGACCCAUUGGUUCUCCAGGCUCAUCCGGGCCUUCAGGUAGACCAGGAUCCCAGGGGUUGGCGGGAUUAGAUGGAGCACCAGGCAAGGAUGGUCAACCAGCUGAACGUGGACCGCCUGGAGAAGUGGGAGAUCCCGGCGAAUCUGGAGCUCCAGGAGCCGAUGGAAGACCAGGUUUCGCUGGUACAGCUGGCAAAGCGGGAUCUAGGGGAUCUGCUGGAAGAGCAGGUGAGGCAGGCGCCCCUGGUAGAGAUGGAUCUAUUGGUAAGGACGACAAUUGCAAUUGUCAAGUCUUCAGCAUGCCUCAAAUUGGGCUAGGAAGUUCAACCUAUGUCAUAUGGGGGCAAACUACUUGCCCUAGAUCUACCAAUGCACAACUUCUCUAUACAGGUAUUGCCGCAAGCGGUCAUUUUUACUUAACCGGAAGCGGAGGUGAUUAUCAUUGCUUACCAGACAACCCAACCUUCUUCAAAUUUACCGACAGUAUCGACAGUAAAAGCAAAAUCUACGGUGCCCAAUAUUUGAUCAACCCAGCUUCUAAUCCUUUCAGAUCAGGUAGAGGAGGGGUUUCUGGGAUAAAAACCGGAGGAAUAUCGGGAAAGACAGUAGUUUGCGCUGUUUGUCACGUGACCCGCAACAGUCAACUCAUGAUUCCAGGUAGCUUCAGAUGUCCCGAUGGCUGGACUAACGAAUAUAACGGCUUCUUGAUGGCUAGCUUGGAGAAGCAAACUAGAACCUCCUUUAUUUGUGUAGACGAGGAAGCUCAAUCCACCGGUAGAGCUGGAGGCUCCAAUCUUAAUCUCAUACCAGGUCAGGGUAAGAAUAACAAGGACGGAUCCGUGUUGGUUGUUGUAGAAGUUAAGUGCGGCAAUUUGCCUUGCAGAAAGUACCCAGAUGGAUAUGAAUUGCCUUGUGCCGUUUGUACCAGAUAGGAGAAAAUGAAACUACUUAUUGGUUUCUUAAACCUGCAUUUAUCUUCUUAUUUUAACCGCCUGAUAAAUAUAAUUUAUAUUCUUUUUAAACUCGAAAUCAAAUUUUUAUGUAAUUUUUGAUUAAAUAUAUUUUUUUGGAAUCUAUUUUC